GAAGGAAGGAAGGAGAAGAACAGAAGGAGUGACACUCAUCAAUGCAAAAGAAUGGAGCUCUCGAGAAAAUCUCUCCCUUUUCCCUCCCUCUCUCGAUCAAUCCAACCCCUCGUAAUCAUAAUCGGCUUCUUCUAUCCAAACCCCUGAAAAUUUAGGACCAAAUUCAUCUCCUUUUUUUUCGGCCACAAAUUCCUCCUCUCCGUCGUCGCUCGCCGCUUCAGUUUCUGUAUACAUUUACGUGUAAAUUUCACUGACUCUGUCUCUGGACACCGGUCUCGCCAUCUGGGAUUCGCUUUUCAUGCCGCCCAGGCCCCAAAGUUUCAGUCUUUUCCUGUAAUUCCGAGCUACAUUGUGAACCCAGGGGGAAGAAAAGGGGGGGAAAAAGAAUUUGACUGUCGGCAAUGGCGGAAAGUGGGGAUGUGAGCCGGCUGAGAGUUGGGUUGGUGUUGAUUCUGUGUUUCCUGAAAUGGGUUCACGCCGUUACGGAUCCUAACGACUUCGAAGUGUUGAUGGAUUUCAAGAAGGGGCUGGAAAACCCAGAGCUUCUCCGGUGGCCGGAGGAAGGCGACGAUGACCCGUGCGGCCCGCCUCUGUGGCCCCACGUGUUCUGUUCCGACGGGAGGGUGACCCAGAUUCAGGUCCAGAACAUGAGCCUCGCCGGUUCUCUGCCGGAGAAUUUCAACCAGCUCACCAAGCUCUACAACUUGGGCCUCCAGAAGAACAAUUUCACCGGCAAGCUGCCGACUUUCAGAGGUUUAUCCGAGUUGCAAUACGCCUUCUUGGAUUUCAAUCAUUUCGACACGAUCCCUGCUGAUUUCUUCGAUGGGUUAACCAGCAUUCGAGUUCUGUCGUUGGAUUACAACCCUUUGAACCACACCGCCGGCUGGUCUUUCCCGGCUGCCUUGGAAGGUUCCAGUCAGUUAACCAAUCUGUCCAUUUCCAGCUGCAACUUGGUUGGUCCGUUGCCUGAUUUUCUAGGCAAAUUGCCGCUUCUGAACUCUCUGAGGCUUUCUUACAACCAGUUGGCAGGUGAAAUCCCUGCGAAUUUCGGUCAGUCCUCGAUGACGGUUCUGUGGCUGAAUAACCAGGAGGGAGGGGGGUUGAGUGGUACAUUGGAUGUUGUUGGUGAAAUGACUUCAUUAACAGAACUCUGGCUUCAGGGGAAUUCUUUCACUGGGACUAUUCCUGAUAGUAUUGGAGGUCUUGUAUUGUUGAAAAAGCUCAAUCUCAAUGGAAACAAGCUAGCUGGUGUGAUUCCUCAAGGAUUGGCUGAUCUUGAGCUUGAUGACUUGGACUUGAACAACAAUCACUUCAUGGGUCCAAUCCCAAAGUUCAAGGCAAGCAAGGUCAGUUAUGCUUCCAAUUCAUUUUGUCAAUCUAAACCAGGGCUCUCAUGUGCUGAGCAAGUCAAUGUGCUGUUAGAUUUUGUUGCUGAUUUGAAUUAUCCUGUGAGUAUUGCUUCUGAAUGGUCUGGCAAUGAUCCAUGUGGAGUGCCAUGGCCCGGAUUGAACUGCGAUGCUAACUCGAAAGUCUCUGUGAUCAACUUGCCUAGACGGAAUCUAACCGUUUGGAGGCCUUAAGAGUGCUGGAUGUUAGUGGCAACAAUCUAAGCCCUCCGUUGCCCAAAUUCCAUGAUGGUGUUAAGCUUGUCAUUGAUGGAAACCCUCUUCUGGUCAAUCAAGGUCACCCUCUUUCACCCCCUAGUGGUACUCCACUUCCUCCAAGUUCACAAACCACUCCACCUGGGAGGAAGCCAAUUAUAAGUUCACCACCAUCGUCUUCUAGUGUGCCAACUUCAGCCAACUCAACUGUCCGUGCAAAGGAAAGAUCUAAAGGCAACAAACUGGUAAUCAUAGCGGGCAUUGUGGCAGGUUCACUAUUGAUUCUCUUGGUGAUUGGUUUGUGUAUAUAUUUAAGCUGUAUGAAGAGGAAGAAAGCAGCAGGGGCCUCGAGCUUGUUUGUAGUUCACCCUAGGGAUCCAUAUGACCCCGAACGUAAUUUGAAGAUUGCAGUCGCAAGUAACUAUACUGGGACACUUUCCAACACUUCAUUGAGUAGUGGUACAACUGAAGGCUCUCGCACGAUGGACUCUGGAGGCAUGGUGUUAUCGGUCCAAGUUCUUAAGAAGUGACCAAUGACUUUGACCCAGAGAAUGAGCUUGGCCGCGGAGGAUUUGGAACAGUCUAUAAAGGUCAACUAGAAGAUGGGACGAUGAUCGCUGUCAAGAGAAUGGAGGCUGGUGUGGUCAACAGCAAGCACUUGGUGAGUUCGAAGCUGAGAUAGCUGUUCUUUCUAAAGCUCGCCAUCGCCAUUUAGUCUCGCUUUUGGGGUAUGCUAUCGAAGGAUGCGAGAGGCUACUUGUGUAUGAGUAUAUGUCUCAGGGUGCUCUGAGUAGACAUCUUUUUCAAUGGAAGAAGUUUAACUUGGAUCCUCUUUCUUGGACGAGAAGAUUGAGCAUUGCCCUUGAUGUUGCUAGAGGAAUGGAGUACCUUCAUAGCAUGGCUAGGGAGACAUUUAUUCAUCGAGAUCUCAAGUCGUCCAACAUUCUUCUGGGGGAGGAAUUUCGUGCUAAGGUCUCGGAUUUUGGGUUGGUGAAGCUUGCUCAGAAUGGACAUGAUUCAGUUGCUACUAAGCUCGCUGGGACGUUUGGAUAUCUUGCUCCUGAAUAUGCUGUGACUGGAAAGAUCACUACGAAAUCCGACGUGUUCAGCUAUGGAGUGGUGCUGAUGGAGCUCCUGACGGGGCUAACAGCUCUGAACGACGAGCGUGCUGAGGAAACCCGGUACCUGCCAGACUGGUUUCACCACAUCAGAUCAGACCGAGACAAGAUGAUGAACGCCAUCGACCCAUCGCUUGAGAAAACCGAAGAAACAAUCGAGAGCAUUGCAAUCGUCGUCGAGCUGGCAGGCCACUGUGCUGCGAGAGAGCCUAGCCAGAGGCCCGACAUGAGUCACGCAGUGAACGUUCUUGCACCACUUGUGGAGAAGUGGAAGCCAACCGAGGACAUUUCUCAGAACUUCGCGGGGAUGGAUCUCCAUGCUCCCCUGAUGCAGAUACUGAAAGUUUGGCAUGAUAAAGGCACGACGAACUCUUCGGAUGCUUCUUCGACUUCAGUGAGCUAUGGUGGUGAUAGCAAGAGCAGCCACUCAGCUGGCGCGACUUGGUGUCCUGACUCAUUCAAUUCUGGUAAUUGUCGAUAAGCCGUUGGAUGAUCCGAUGAUGCAGUUUGAGCUAUGAUCACGUCAAUAUCUCGUUGUACCGGAUAUGUUACAAGGUUUUUGAGGAGGAUUUGGGGAAGGGGACAUUUUGGUUUUGUUGUGGUUCUUGCAGGUGGCAAGAAACAGAAAUGGUGGUGAUGUAGAUAGAUAGAAACUAGACAGCCCGGUGUUGUUUAUUUCAUUGUUUACGUUUUCGCAGGUUGAGAGUUGGCUAGUUUACUUUCAUAACAACUUCCUUGAAGGUGAUUGAAUUCGACUUGUUUUUUCUUUGUUUCCCUAGUGGUAAUUUCUGGUCUCUUCAUUAGGGCUAAAGAUUGUAGAGAUUUUUCAGGGUGUCAAUCUGAUUUGGGAGAUGGUCUUAUAAAGUUUUACUAAUUUGGAAAAUGGGUUUUAGGAAGACAGUUCUAUAGGUUGUUUUUUUAGUGGCGGAGACACAAUGUGAGUGAUGAGGC